GUUCAACUGUCGAGACUGUCGAACCGAUAUUCAUCAGCCUCCUCGAUCUCCAUAAUCAUACAGAACGCCUUCGAGGACCGUCGAAAAUCUCACCGGCAUUCUGUUGUCGGUUUAUCGUGGUGAUUUUCUGAGAUUUUCAUGAUCAGGAUAUGAAUAGUGUGUGUGCGGUGGGUUUGGCGCGAAACGAAGUGUUCAGGGAGUUCUCUGAUAGGAGGUGGAGAUUCUAGAUCUAGAAAGAGACUGAAAACCCUUGAGAACAUGGGAAAGACCUACCACAUGCUGGCUCACGCCUUAAAGGUCUACUGGAAAUCUCUUUUCGUCGUCCUGUAUCCUCUGGUCCUCCUGCCAGUCUUCCUUCUCAACAACAUAGCGGCUCUGCGAUGCCUGUACGUGGUGCUACUCAUGGCUGGAUAUUGGGUGUUAGAGGCCUUACCUUUACCAGUCACCUCGCUUCUGCCUAUGGUGCUUUUUCCCCUUAUGGGUGUGUUGGAUUCGGACAAAACAUCGUUAUGUUACUUGAAGGAGACUAACAUGAUGUUUGUUGGAGGGUUGAUCAUAGCCAUAGCUGUCGAACAUUGCAAUUUACACACACGGGUGGCACUGCAUGUGAUUAAACUGGUUGGUUGCAGCCCGAAAAAACUGAACCUAGGUCUUAUUACCGUAACUAUGUUUGUCUCAAUGUGGAUUUCUAACACGGCAGCUACAGCUAUGAUGAUUCCCAUCAUCGAGGCAACAUUGAAGGAACUGGAGUCGCAGGGUAUUGGAAAUAUGUACGAAGAUGACAUUGCAGAGAUAGGGGACGAUGCACAUGAAAAAAGGCAGUCAAGAAAUCAAGAGGUGGUCGAAACUAAGAGACCUACAAGAACAACUAUGUGCUACUUCAUUAGUACUGCUUACGCAGCUAGCAUUGGAGGAAACGGAUGUAUAGUAGGCAGCGGAACCAACCUAACCUUCAAAGGCAUCUACGAAACAUCUUUCCCGAACUCCCCAGGUGUAGAAUUCGCCAAGUGGAUGAUGGUCAACAUACCUCUUAUGCUCAUAAUGAUGUAUCUUUCUCUGGCAUGGCUUCAGUUCUGGUUUAUGGGACUGUUCAGGCCGCAUUCCAAAGAUGCGAAAAAAAUAAGGGUGGGUACCCAAGGAGAGAUUGUGGCUAGAAAGUUGAUCUGUCAAAAAAUCGAAGAGAUGGGUCCUAUGUCUUUCCAUGAAGCAUCGGUGGCUGUCUGCUUCGUACUCUCGGUCUUGUUGUGGUUCUUCAGGAAGCCACAGUUUAUCACUGGAUGGGCAGAGCUAAUCACUCAACACAAGGUAAAAGAUGCAACAGCAGCUUUGAUUGUAGUUAUGCUCUUUUUUAUCAUCCCAGCAAAGCCUGAUUUCAUACACAUCUUCAGCAAAGAUGAAACAAAAAGACCGAAAACGCCAUCUCCAGCACUCCUAACCUGGAAAAUUGUACAGCAGAAGCUUCCCUGGGGUUUAAUAUUUUUACUAGGGGGUGGUUUUGCUCUGGCUGAAGGAUCAAAGGCUAGCGGAAUGAACCACUUCAUCGUCCUCUACUUGGGAGAUGUGGUUACUUUGCCAAGGAUAGCGAUCAUGGUGAUAGCUUGUCUUUUGGCUUGUUUAUUAACGCAGUUUUCAAGUAACAUAGCUGUGUGUAAUGUGAUUUUACCAGUAAUGGCUGAAAUUUCAGAGGUUGCCAACAUCCAUCCAAUGUAUCUUAUGAUGCCAGCAGCCUUGAGUUGUUCUUUUGCUUACUGCCUACCUGUGUCAACACCCCCCAACGCAAUAGCAGCAGCCCCAUGCAACAUGCCCUCAUCCGAAAUGGCCAAAGUUGGUGCAGGAGUAGCAGUUAUAUCACUUCUAGUCUUGUUUUGUGUAUUUCCAUUGUUGGCACCCCUGAUAUGGGACGUGGAUACUGUGCCUGAUUGGUUAAAUACAACCAAUCUAGAUGUAUGAACAUAUAUGAAUUCAGAACUGAUGUGACAUAAUGAUUAAAAUUUUGAACGGUCAAUGUUGAUAGACAAAUUUUACAAUUGUACAGUAUAUUUAAAUAAUUAUCAAUAUUCACCAUUUAUACAUUUUUUAGAAUUGUUGAAUUUUCAACAGGAUAAUCAAAAAAUGUUCACUUAUUUUUUUAUAUCAACAUGAUUAAUAGCAUGUUAUGAUUGUAGGUUCUUUGUUUUCCAAGCUAAAUACUUGGAUUGUAUAAUAAACUCACGUUUAGUAUUAAA